GAAAAAAAUGUUGAAGAUGAAACAUACUCCGAAGAAUUUGGAUUAUUUGAAGAAGCGAGGAAGACAGAAACAGGAAGAAUAGAAGAAGAAUCAAGAAAAAAGGAAGCUAUGAAAAGAGAUGAAGAUGCAAGGAGGAUAGAAAUAGCAAGAAGAGCUGAAGAUGCAAGGAGGAUAGAAAUAGCAAGAAGAGCUGAAGAUGCAAGGAGGAUAGAAGAAGCAAGAAGAGCUGAAGAUGCAAGGAGGAUAGAAAUAGCAAGAAGAGCUGAAGAUGCAAGGAGGAUAGAAGAAGCGAGAAGAGCU